GCCAUUGCAGUCACACAUAUGGCUCAUCAGGCGUUGGCCAUAGAGGAAAUACCUCUGAAAAAGCACAAAGGAGGUUACAUGCAAAUUAACAAGGCUCUUGAUCUCAGCUCAUUUCAAGAUUAUCUUGAAGCUCAACUGUCUCAUUUACCCGCCAUAGCGGAUGUAGAGAGAAUCAGUCCUAGAGUCAUCCGAGUGCUGGGCCAAAAUGCCGGAAUGUUCACGCUUCAAGGGACCAACACUUACAUUGUUGGGACUGGUCGGCACAGGAUUCUGAUCGAUACGGGCCAGGGUAUUCCAGAAUGGGCAGAGCUGUUGUCUACUACCCUCGAGGCCGAAAAUGCCUCAUUGUCCUACGUACUGAUAUCCCAUUGGCAUGGCGAUCACAUGGGGGGAGUACCCGACUUGUGUCACCUUUACCCCUAUCUAUCCAACUCCAUUUAUAAAAAUUCACCCGGUAUAAACCAACAGCCAAUCGCGGACGGCCAGCUAUUCUCUGUCGAAGGCGCUACGCUUCGUGCAGUCCACUCGCCUGGUCAUUCACAUGACCACAUGUGCUUCGUUUUAGAGGAAGAUAAUGCCAUGUUCACGGGAGACAACAUACUCGGCCAUGGAACAGCGGCCAACGAACACCUCAAUACUUGGAUGGAAUCUCUGCGCGUUAUGUCCAUGCACAAUUGUAAGAUUGGUUAUCCAGCUCAUGGCAUGGUCAUUGAUAACUUGCCCGGAAAGAUUAAGAAUGAGCUAGCUGUCAAAGCCAAGCGCGAGGUCCUCGCAUUGCAAGUUUUACAGAAGAUUAAGCUUAGAGCAGGAAAGGGAAAAGGGAGUGUCACAGUAAGGGAACUGGUCACAGAGGCUCAUGGGGAUCGAUUGGACGAAGCCGUGAGAGAGAUGGCGAUUCAACCAUUGAUGGAGGAAGUGUUGAGGAAGCUGGCCGAGGACCAGAAAGUGGCAUUUGAGGUUAGGAAUGGAGAGAAGAAGUGGUUUCGGAUUCAAUUUGAUUAGUGUCUAUUGGUUGACUAAUUCCUGCCCCUGGGCUCGAUAUCUUGAGGUGGUUUGGUUAAAGUCGUUGUGUCUUGGGUCUCUUGCGAGUCUCUUGCUGUACAGAUCUAAAUACAGCAACCCCGUGGAGCGUACUCAGCCUGUCCACAUGCCAUUUGAUACUAAAUGAACAAACCAGUCACCUCAGUACACCAGAUUCCAGUCAGGGUUGUUACAUUCUCUGGCAACUGGUUGGUUUAGGUCGGCUGGUUCUGUCGUGGAUACCCAAAAUGGAGCCCAUCAAUAACAUAAUUUAUC